AUGAAAUUAAAUAAACUAAAAUGUUAUCAAAUGCUAGUAUUGGUGAUGACAUUCAUGGUCUACUGUGCGGCACAUUUGGCCCGAAAACCCAUUUCUAUAGUUAAAUCUCAAUUGCAUUCAAAGAACUGCACGGAAUCGUCGGUCAAACGGCUAGACGUGUCCAAUUUGGACCCUAAUUGGUGCGAUUGGUCACCAUUUGACACAAAAAAUGCGGAUCAGUUACUCGGAUGGCUGGACACCAGCUUCUUGGCCUCGUAUGCGGUGUUUAUGUUUGUGUCCGGUUAUGUGGCCGAGAGGUCUAACCUGCGAUGGUUUCUGGCCAUUAGUCUCGCUCUGUGCGGCGUUUUGUCAAUUCUGGCCGGACUUCCCUUUUCGCUACAAAUCCACGCCUAUUACUACUUCAUUAUAGUCCAAGUGAUCACUGGUAUUGUGCAGACCAGCGCGUGGCCAGCGGUGGUCACUGCUGUCGGCAAUUGGUUCGGCGACUCCAAGAAAGGACUCCUAUUUGGCAUUUGGGGCUUUCACACCACUCUCGGCAAUAUUCUCGGCGCUCUUAUCGCAGGCGCGUUUGUCGAGUACAAUUGGGGCCUAUCAUUUAUAGUGCCCGGUAUUAUAGCCAUCGCUGUAGCCGUUGUAUGUUUUCUCUUCUUGAUUCCUUGUCCACAAGACGUUGGCCUCUCGGCUGAUGCCAACGACUCCCACAAUAUUGAAUCCAAUAAUACUAAUGGCGAAGAAAUUGUCAAAAUUGAUGAUAAUAUGGACAAUACGGCCAUUUCAUUCUUCGGCGCCCUUUUGCUACCGGGAGUGAUUGAGUACUCGGUCUGUUUAUUCUUUUCAAAACUGGUCACUUAUACCUUCAUGUAUUGGUUACCCCUAUAUAUCAAUAAUUCGAGUUUGUUUUACCAUUCGUCCAUUAUUUAUCUCAUUACUAAUCUAUGUUAUUUACUCGCAGUCAAAGUGUCUCCAUCACAAUCUGCAUACCUGUCCAUAUCGUUUGACAUCGGGGGUACAGUCGGUGCGAUACUCGCCGGUUAUAUGGCAGACAUUACUAACGCCAGUGCCAUCACAUGUAUUGUAUUCAUAAUUCUCACCAUUCCUUCGGUCAGUACUUCAAAUGCAUCGCUAAAUACAGACAACAAUUAUUUAUUAUUGUUUUACUACUAUUGGGGAUCCGUAUCGAUGGUAUCCAAUGAAUGUCUGCAAUUCAUAGCGGGUCUGUUUGUGAACGGGCCCUACAAUCUCAUCACAACAGCCGUAUCCGCAGAUCUGGCCAUCAAUAUCAAGUCGAAGAGCGCUUUGGCCACCGUUUCGGCCAUUAUAGACGGCACCGGCUCUAUAGGGGCUGCCGUCGGACCCGCUAUAGCCGGUUAUGUGGAGGGCUUCGGGUGG